AUAACCUGCGAAACAGUCGCUCUACGGCGUGAGGAGCCCGGCUUCCCUGGUGCUGAGUCCCGCAGAAAGGGCUCUGGCGACAGGACCAGCAGUGGCCAGCAGCAGGUGCCGUGGGGAGCGCAUGCGAGCCCGUCAGGCAGCCGGCCCUCGGGCCUUCGGUGGUUUGUGCCUCAGGGCCUUCCCGAUGAGCUACAAGAAGCAAUUUCUGCGCAUGCAGCAAGAGAGCAAACAGCUGAAUACUCAGACGACUUUGACAGUGAUGAAGAUGGCACGUUAAACAGUAUUGGGGAAGAACAUAAUGAAAAUAAUUCAGGUGCUGAAAGCACUGAGAAAUCAGUUGCUGUUGAGAGUCCUCUCUCAGAUGAUGAUGCUUCACAAAACCCAGCAGAUUUGGAAAAUGAAGCAGCUGAUGACUUGACUUUAUCCUUUCAUGAAAAGAAGCUUCAGCAGAAGCUUUUAGAAAGUGAAAACAUACAAGAUGACAGAAAAGAUGGUGAAGAAGAAGGUUUGGAAAGUCAAAGUGAGAGUGAUGACAGAAAAAAUAAUGAAAAGUCUUCAGCUGCUCAAGAAGUACCAUGUGAUAAUAGUGAAAGCGACCACUAUCAAGAUCAGAAGAUCAGCACCAGUGACUUGAAACUGGAGGACAAUAGUAGAAAAUCCCCUUCUGUGACAGAAGAAGUGAUGACCACAGUAUGUGAGAAAACAAAGAAAUUAGAGAAGUCAACAGAUGACAGUUCAGGUGAAAUGGUGAAAAUAGUGGAGGGGCAAAUAGUAACUGAUACAAUAUGGGAGGUGUCAGUGAAUGAUGAGUCGGAGCAUGGGGAGGCAAAGUACACUUUGAAGGACUCUCUCAAGAAACUAAGUGAAACAAAGGAGAGAAUUCUACAAACCCCAAAAGCUUCUUUAUCUGACAGGUCUCUCUCUUCUGUGCACUUAAAGAAAAAGACGAAAACUGUUCCAUCAGCUACACCUAUUUCUUCUCCCAAUCUGGGAACAUUAAAGGAUAAACGCGUGCAGAACAGUACAGAAUUUGACAAAGCAGAUAGUUUACGAGCUGCUGUUUUCCAGAAUUGGUUGGAAAAGAAAAGGGUCUUUCUACUGGAAUUAAAGAGAACUGAAAAGAAGAAAGCUGAAAAUCUAAGGAACGAUACUGAAAAGAAAGAAGCUGUUAAAAGAGAGGAAGCAAUUGCAUCUUUUGAAGCCUGGAAAAAAAAGAAAGAAAGAGAAGCAAAGAAGUUAAAGGAAAAAAAGAAUCUUGAGGAACUUAAGAAAAAGAAAGCAGCAGAACAGAAUGAGGAGAAAACAGAAGCAGCACAGAAGGCAUACGAAAAAUGGAAAGAAAGAAAAGCGGAAUAUUUAAGAGAGCAAAGCAGAAAGCAAAAACAGUCUGAAAGAAUCAGGAAGAAGAAAGAAGAGGAACUGGUUGCAGAAAAGAAGAGAGACAGCAAGUCAGCAGUUGAAAAAUGGAAUGAAAAAAAGGAAGAAUAUGUAAAACAGAAGAAAGCAGAAAAAAUCCUAGAGAGAAGAAAGCAAGAAAUACAACAAGCAGAGAAGGAAGAAAAAAAUAAGAAGGCUAUGGAGGAAUAUGAAAGAUGGCUGGAGAAGAAAGAGAGGAGAGAACAGCUUGUGAAGAGGCAAAAGAAAUUGCAGGCUGUCCAUGGGGAUGAAGCACCUUCUCCCUGGAGUCCACCUGGCAAAGUCACAUAUUCAAGGAAUUACUGA